AUGAAGCCACCACCGCGAGCAACGAGGAGGUCGAGAGCGAAAGCGGAGGCGGAGGAGGGUGCGACGCGUGUAAGUCGAGAAACAGAGAUAAUCAAGAAAGGACAAGCGCAUAACGCAGAAAAGACUAGUUCACCGGAUGGAGACGAGUCGCCUUUAGAAUUGGAAGGUAAAAACUCCGAAUCCGCAAAACCCGGGGGAGCUUACAAGGAAGUCACCAAUAGCGACGCGGACGGGGGCGAGGACGGGGACGCUGACGGGGAUGCUGACGAGGAUGCUGACUGGGACUCUGACGGGAAUGCGGCUGGGCGAGGCGGUGCGGGAGGCAUGACGGCGUACGAGCAGCUACGAGCGGAUCGCAUGGCGCGGAACGCGGCGCUGCUCGCGGCGCUCGACGUGAGCGCUGCAGCGAGGCGGCUCAAGUCGUCGUCCGCACAGCAGCAACAACGACUCGCGCCCUCUCAAGGUUGUCGCAGCCGCAACAACGACUCGUGCCCUCUCAAGGUUGUCGCAGCCGCAACAACGACUCGUGCCCUCUCAAGGUUGUCGCAGCCGCAACAACGACUCGCGCCCUCUCAAGGUUGUCGCAGCCGCAACAACGACUCGUGCCCUCUCAAGGUUGUCGCAGCCGCAACAACGACUCGUGCCCUCUCAAGGUUGUCGCAGCCGCAACAACGACUCGUGCCCUCUCAAGGUUGUCGCAGCCGCAACAACGACUCGUGCCCUCUCAAGGUUGUCGCAGCCGCAACAACGACUCGUGCCCUCUCAAGGUUGUCGCAGCCGCAACAACGACUCGCGCCCUCUCAAGGUUGUCGCAGCCGCAACAACGACUCGCGCCCUCUCAAGGUUGUCGCAGCCGCAACAACGACUCGCGCCCUCUCAAGGUUGUCGCAGCCGCAACAACGACUCGCGCCCUCUCAAGGUUGUCGCAGCCGCAACAACGACUCGCGCCCUCUCAAGGUUGUCGCAGCCGCAACAACGACUCGCGCCCUCUCAAGGUUGUCGCAGCCGCAACAACGACUCGCGCCCUCUCAAGGUUGUCGCAGCCGCAACAACGACUCGCGCCCUCUCAAGGUUGUCGCAGCCGCAACAACGACUCGUGCCCUCUCAAGGUUGUCGCAGCCGCAACAACGACUCGUGCCCUCUCAAGGUUGUCGCAGCCGCAACAACGACUCGUGCCCUCUCAAGGUUGUCGCAGCCGCAACAACGACUCGUGCCCUCUCAAGGUUGUCGCAGCCGCAACAACGACUCGUGCCCUCUCAAGGUUGUCGCAGCCGCAACAACGACUCGUGCCCUCUCAAGGUUGUCGCAGCCGCAACAACGACUCGUGCCCUCUCAAGGUUGUCGCAGCCGCAACAACGACUCGUGCCCUCUCAAGGUUGUCGCAGCCGCAACAACGACUCGUGCCCUCUCAAGGUUGUCGCAGCCGCAACAACGACUCGCGCCCUCUCAAGGUUGUUGCAGCCGCAACAACGACUCGCGCCCUCUCAAGGUUGUCGCAGCCGCAACAACGACUCGCGCCCUCUCAAGGUUGUCGCAGCCGCAACAACGACUCGUGCCCUCUCAAGGUUGUCGCAGCCGCAACAACGACUCGUGCCCUCUCAAGGUUGUCGCAGCCGCAACAACGACUCGUGCCCUCUCAAGGUUGUCGCAGCCGCAACAACGACUCGUGCCCUCUCAAGGUUGUCGCAGCCGCAACAAUCAUAUCUGCGUGACAUUAUGAUUGUUCUGAGGUGUCGCGGAACUCAACAAGCUUAG